GGAGAAGAAGAAAUCCUGUCGGUUUAGUUCCUGGUUCGAAGUCAAGAAUCAUCCUCUGUUCAGGUUGUUGUUUUUCCUCCUACAGUUAUUUUAUUCCGCGCAGUAUGUUCAAAGGUUUAGGGACGUGGUUGGGUUUGGAGAGCCCGACGUACACGAAGGCGCCGGACGACAAAGAAAGCCUGAAUGUGGAGCAGGAAGAAAAGGUGGUGGAAGCACAAAACGAGGUAAACAAACAGCAACCAGCUGACCAGGAUGGAGAACCAGAGGCCGACCAGGAACACUCUGAACAGGGCCAGGGACUGGGUGAUUACAUCUUCAGUUUUGCCUCCAAUGCCACGAAGAAGAUCUCUGAGUCGGUGGUAGGAACAGCUCAGACCAUCAAGAAGACUGUGGAAGAAGGGAAAAUCGACGGCAUCAUAGACAAGACCUUUCUAGGAGAUUUCCAAAAGGAGCAAGAGAAGUUUGUCCAGGAAAAGAAAGCAAAAAAAUCAGAAGCAGCAGUGCCUCCCUGGGUCGGCUACAACGAAGAGGAGACGAUCCAGCAGCAGAUCCUUGCUCUGUCAGCCGACAAGAGAAAUUUCUUGCGAGACCCUCCCGCUGGUGUUCAGUUCCACUUCGACAUGGAGCAGAUGUAUCCUCUGGCUGCAGUGAUGCUGGAGGAAGACCAGCUCCUCAACCGCAUGCGCUUUGACUUGGUUCCUAAACAUGUGAAGGAGGAGGUCUUCUGGAGGAAUUAUUUCUACCGGGUGUCUCUGAUCAAGCAGUCGGCUCAGCUCACAGCUUUGGCAGCCCAGCAGCAGCAGAAGGACGGUGAGGACAGAGGGGCCAGUGUUUCACCUGAGGACGUCGUCUUAACAGACAGCGUCAGACCAAAAACUCCUCCAGUUUCCAUCAGCGACAUACAGAAGCCACCGCAAGAAGAAGAAGAAGAGGAGGAGAUGUCGACGAGUCCUGGAGUUUCCGAAUUUGUGAGCGACGCCUUCGACUCCACGGCCAUCAACCAGGAGGACCUGAGGAAAGAGAUGGAGCAGCUGGUGCUGGAUAAGAAGGACAGCGUGCCCUCUCCUGAUGAUGAGUCAGCGGACUGGGAGAAGGAGCUGCAGCAGGAGCUUCAGGAGUACGAGGUGGUGACUGAGUCGGACAACAAAGACGACCAAUGGGACCAAGAGAUCGAGAAGAUGCUGCAGGCCGACGACAGCUAGACAGCUACUGUGUGUGCGCCUGUCUCCCGCACGGUGAUCUGGCCCAGAAGGGAUGAGUAGUGACCAGUGAUGCACAAGGGGAUGAACUUCCACAUCCCCUGCCCCACCCAACUGUGAUUGCUAUAUUGUAAACAUUCUCCUGUACCUGAUGAAGGUGUACAUCCAAUAAUAGCAAGAGUGUGUCACCAUGACACCAAACAGCGGUUAUGUUCAGGCACUUUAGUAAAGUGCUACUUCAUUGCUCCUUCCUAAAUUAGUUGCAUUGACUUGCUUUCCCCUACCCUCGUGCUUUAUGAUGGGGGGGGGAAGCCAGUAGAGGGCGCUCCAUGAGUUUUAUAAUCGAAGGGGCUGUUUGAAAUCACAUUGGAUCUGUUUUCCACUGCUGCUCUCUGGUGGCUUGUACAGUCUUAGUAUAGUCACAGUACAGUAAAAUCCAAUGUAAAAUUACAUGAAUGUAAAUAAAGAGGAUUCUGACACUAUACAUUACUUCAGCUUGCUUUUCCCUGUCAGUACAUCCGCUUGUCUUUUUUCCAUUUUGUAUCACAUUUGGACAAACUCAUGUGUGCAUUUCUUUACUUUGUUUCCCUGCAACUGAAAUACUGUACAUUUUCUGUUAUGUUAUUUCUGUUAUCUGUCAUCCUUUAAUAAAUAUUUAUCUGUUA